AAGUGGCCACGCGUAUUUUCGUUCAUGUGUAAUAUCCAAAGGUGUGAAAAAUGGCGCUUAACCUGACCGUGAAAGUUCAUCCUGUCGUGUUAUUUCAAAUUGUCGACGCGUACGAGCGUCGGAAAGCGGAGUCUCACCGUGUAAUUGGCACGUUACUAGGUACUGCGGAGAAAGGAAUGGUUGAAGUUACAAACUGUUUCUGCGUGCCGCACAAAGAGUCUGAAAGCCAAGUCGAAGCUGAUUUAACGUACGGGAUCGAUUUGUACGAAUUGAAUCAUAGGGUCAAUGCCCAGGAAAACAUUGUCGGGUGGUGGGCCACUGGAAACGAGGUUACCACUCACUCUUCCGUCAUUCACGAAUAUUAUGUCCGUGAAUGCAACAAUCCUGUUCAUUUAACUGUCGACACAACACUGGCGAACACUACUAGAAUGGGAAUUAAAGCCUAUGUCUGUGUUCCUUUAGGAGUACCUAAUGGGAAACAAGGUUCCAUGUUUACACCAGUUAAAGUACAAAUCACAUGUUAUGAGCCGGAAAUUGUUGGGCUACAGCUUUGUUCAAAAACUCAGUUACCAGCGCAUGCACAAAUAACCGGUGUUAAAACAGGAGGUGGCAUAGAACCAAUGAUGGACCUUUCUCAAAUAGCAGAAGCUAGCGCGAAACUUUCAUCCAUGUUGGAGCAAGUACUCGUGUAUGUUGACGAUGUAUUAACUGGAAAGCAACCACCGGAUAAUCAGGUUGGUCGCGCUCUCCUAGAUAUGGUGCAUUCGGUACCAAAAAUGUCGAGCGAUCAGUUUGACGAAAUGUUCAACAGCAAUGUAAAAGAUCUAUUAAUGGUUGUCGCGCUUUCGCAAUUGAUAAAAACACAACUUCAACUUAACGAGAAACUUACGUUACUCACAACACUGUAAAGUCUGUAAUAUAAUUGCAGAGUCCUGUAACGCAAUUCAUAUGAAUAAAACACAUUUUCAAUUUUCAAA